AUGUCGGCCGCGUCCGCCGCUGCGCCAGACGCGCUUGUCUCGACCAGCGACCGCACGGCGAGCGGCUCCAAGUCCAAGACGAAGCGGAGAGACUCGCUCAGCAAGUCGGGAAAGAAGCGCGAACCCACUCGACAGGAAUCGCUCGGCGGCGCGGUGAUUCGAUCGCUCUUCGGCACGCUCGCCUUCCUGUUCAAGCGGCCCGUCCGUCUGUUCCGCCCCGUCAAGCUGUCGUCAUGGACGAUCCUCGAGGCCAUGGCGAAUCGCGAGGGCCGCAAACUCAGCCUCCGAUACCUGCGCACGCUGCUGCGCCGCGAGAACUCCAACUUUCUGCCACACCUUCUUCUGCCUCCGCUCCUCUUCAAUACCGCCAUCGGCUUCACCCUCUUCGAGGCAUACAGCAUCACCGAAAGCCGGCUUCUGGCGCGGUCGAAACGGCAAGCCAGCAGCUCUGGCACCGAUGCGGAAGAUGCAGAAGAUGAGCAAGAAGCGAGCGCUCCGACGCCCAAGUGGACGCCGCUCUGGAUCGUCACAGCUUCGGGCGCUGUAGCCGGCGCCGCACAGUGCUUCCUCUCGGCACCGCUGGACAAUGUGCGCUACAUCAUGCAGCGCAACGUCAGUGCGUCGGACUCGCGUGCACGCGGCGGCGCCAAAGCGGUGACCCUCAUAUCGUGGCGUGCUAUCCUGCGUGCGGCCAUCUUGCCGUUCGCGCCGGCGGUCGCACGCGACAAGCUCGUGCAGGACGUGCAGAAGGAGGCGAUCGAGCACUCGAAGCGCGCACCCAAGCCCACGCUGCGCGCGCGCAUCCUGGCGCUGCUCGAGCCAGCGACGGCGAGCCGAGAUGCGGCGGAAAGCGUGAGUCAGCGCUUCAGCAUGUCGCCCGAGAAGCGGCACGAGUGGGAGAAGCGCCUCAAGCGCUGGCGCGGCGGCGUGCACGGCUCGGGCCUUGCGCUCUCGCUCAUCCGAGACAGCGUGGGAUUCGGCAGCUUCUUCUUCAUCUUUGAGGUGUCGAGGCGGUGUGCCUUCUUCGCCUCUACCUCCGUCGACCGCAUGAGUGCGUGGUUCAAUGCGCGCGGACUCGGCGUUGUGAGACCAGGCGGAGAGACGACGCAGCAGGACAACUCCAACGUCGUCGGAAGACGCAAGAGCGAUGAUGGGAUGGGCCGGGGCGAUGUACACAUCGAAGACGCGGGUCGAGUGUCACACUGGAUCCGCGAGGGCCAGAGGAACGUCACGGAUGCCGACGUGAGCUACAACCAGUCGCGCACGGUGCAGGGCCGGGUGGUGGCGGUGAUCAUCCUGCUGGUUGGCGGUGCGGUGGGCGCGUUUUCGUACGAGCUUGUCGGACGGCCGUUUGAGCUGAUGCGCGUCGUCAUCUGGGAGGGACGCAAGCAGUGGGAGCAGGGCAAACGCGAGCCUGGCUUCCGAUCAUCAGCGAGACGCAGCGCAUCGACGGCUUCGGCGGCGCCAUCGAGAGCCGACGCGAUGGGCGUGACUACGCUGGGCAGGACAAGAGUGCGUGGUGCCAGGGCGGCGGCGCAAGCUCGGGCGGAGGCGUUCGAUGGACGGCUGUGCAAGCGGCGAGCCGACUUUGUGGUGCUGCGUGCGCAGAAUACGAUGGGCACCCAGGUCUCGCGCGUCUGGGAGCGCGCCAAGCUCACGCGCCCCCCACAUCCGCUCCGGCUAGGUGGGCGGACCGUGCUGCACCGACCGCAGGUGAACGGUACAGCAGGUCCGAGACUCACCAGUUCUCGCGCUUUGCAGCAUCGCAAGACGCUCAAAGCGUCGACUUCUACAUUGCCAUCGCACACGGUCGAGAGACAAAGGCGCAUGCAGCACCGACGAACUCGCCAAGCCUCACCGACGCUGGCGACACGACCUGGCUUUCUGACGCUGCUCAUCGAGCAUGCGCAGAGCACGGCGCAGCUGGACCGCAAGCACUCGGGCGUCGAUCCAUCCAAGACGUCCAUCCCGCUGCUGCUGCUGCACACGUACUUUAUCGCGCCCUUCCUGCCGGAGAUCCCCAAGCCCGUGCUGGACAACGAGCUGGUGCGUGCGGCUGCCGGUGUCGACAAACGCCUCCGCCCCUCGUCCGGCGCGCAAACGGGCAAGACGCAGACGGAUCUCAUGGAAAGGGUAAGCACAGUGGCGCAGCGCACGCUGCUCAUGUCGCUCGCAUCCAGGCGCAGGUCAGCCGAGUCGCCCGAGGCCAAGCUCAAGAAGAACUGGAUCAAGAACAAUCCCGUCAACGUCAGCUUCGCCAACGCAAAGGCAGGGGUGGCUGGUGGUGCCAAGAGAGCGGGUGGGUUUGGAGCGAGCGACAGAUCGACGCUCCAGAAGGGCACGAGGUAUUGGGCGAGCGGCAGAGUGGUCUGGUCGCUCAAGCGGCUCGCCACUCCGCCGAAAUCGGUCGGCGUCCGACUCCACACGCGAAGCCCUCUGGACUCGUCGAGCACAGAUCACCGUCCACUUCCUGAGCACCGCCGCUCUUGCCGACCCACCACCACCCGCUCCGCGCUCCAUCGAUUCACAGGCUUCCGACCGCCAACUUCUGCAGCGUUUGCAGACCCUUCAUCGCUCGCGUCGACCAUCAUGCCGGCUAAAGCCGGCGCGGCCACGCCCGACCCCGAGAUCGGCACAGCAGCGGGCGCCGCCGCGGCUGCAGCGGCCGGUCCAGCCUGGCGCCAGUUCUCGUUCUUCGAGUCGUCUCCAGUUCGCGACGCUGACGACUUUGCAAAGCCGCCAGCAGCCCUGCGCAGCGCCAACGAGGUCGCUGCCAUCUGCCAGUGCCAGGUUCGCCCCCCAACGUCGGCCCUCGCUUCCGACGCUGCCGCUGGCUCUGCAUCGCCAUCCGAGGCACCUGUCUCAGCGGCCGUCCGCUUCGACGAGCCAUCCGCCUCCUCGAGCAAGGCGGUCAAGGCGAACAAGGCAUCUCGCAAGCAGCCAUGCACGCUCGUCGGCACCAUACACGGCCGCAUCAAGGUGCUCGAUCCCGACACGCUCCAGGAGCUCGCGGCAUGGGACGCCUUCUCGUCCGGUGCCGUCGCUGGGCGGGUCACCCAUCUGUCCUCAGAUGCUCGUGGCAGAGUCAUCACGCUCGGAGAAGAAGACAGUUCCCGCUUCCCCAUCCUCAGGGUGUGGGACAUCCGUACAGGCCGCAACGCGUCCCGUCAAGCGGACAGUGCGACGGCAGACGGCGCCAAGGCCACCUGGAUGCCACGAUUACUCGCCGAAGGCAAGGUGCAGCAUGGCAGCCGCCCUCACCCGAUCGCAGCGGUCUCGCACACGCCUUCGCUCUCGUACCUCUCGGUCGCCCUGGCGGACGGCACGGUUCUGCUCAUCCGUGGGCUCGAAUCCGCCCUCAUGGCUGCAUCGGGCAACGCGGGCAUCGCAUCGGCGGGCUCAUCCGGCCGACCCACGCCAGCCGUCGCGCUGCCAAAGUUCAAAGUCGUCUUUCAACCCACCAGCUCGGACUCGGGCGCGCACGAACCCGUCACCGCGCUCGGCUUCUCGGAGGUCGCGGCGCCCGCUGCUGCCAACGCUUCGGCGCAGGUCAAGACGGCAUCCACUGCAACCCAGACACCAGCAUACGAGGCCAGAGUCUCGCACGGAUCGAAAGGUCGCAAGGCAGCCUUGGCUCGGCAGCGAGAUCCGAGGACAGGCUCGGCGAAUGCAGCUACUCAGGCCGAUGCAGCAACGUCAGCGUCCGCCGUGCACCUCUUCAUCGUGACGCUCUCGCGCGUCUUGCGCUACAUUGUCGCUGGCAAGGGCGCAGGCGGCAGUCCCGCCGUGCUCGACGAUGUCGGAGGCGCUCUCGGCUGCGCUGCCGUCAUUCCUCCGCGUGCGGCCAUGCCUGCUGCAAGCUCCGGGCCAGCCAACGCGCCGGGCCUGCCUCUGACAUCCGCACCGAGCAGUCCAGGCGCCGCGGGCAAGAUGGUCAUCGCGCGCGACGAGGCGAUCUACGUGAUCGGGCAAGAGGGCCGAGAAGCGUGCUUCGCCUACGAGGGCCCAAAAUCGUCGAUUCAUCUCUCGGCGUCGCAGGUGAUCAUCGUGUCGCCGCCGUUUGCGCCCGCGUCGAGCGCCGGUCCGGUGCGCAGCUUCGCCAACGCGCGCGAGUCGCCGCUGUCGACGCCUUCAUCCCGUAAAGGAUCCAUGCUGCCGGCCGAGGUGGCCAAGAUCACCAUCUUUGACCUGGACAACAAGCUGGUGGCGUUUAGCGGCACGUUCGACUCGGGCAUCCGCCAGGUGUGGGUGGGCACCGCGGGCGAGGUGCUGGUGCUGAGCGAUCUGGGCGAGCUGACGCGCCUGGACGAGAAGCCGCUGCGCGCCAAGCUCGACGUGCUGUACCGCAAGAGCUUAUUCCUGCUCGCCGUGAAUCUGGCGCGCUCGCACAUGCAGCGUGCGAGCAGUGCGGACGUGCUCGCGCGCACCGAGGCGCUGAUGGGCGACAUCUACCAGCGCUACGGCGACCAUCUGUACAACAAGGCCGACUACGACGGCGCCAUGGCGCAGUACGUCAAGACCAUCGGCCACACCCAGCCGUCGCUCGUCAUUCGCCGCUUCCUCGACGCGCAGCGCAUCAAGAACCUCACCACAUACUUGCAGGAGCUGCAUGCGCAGAAUCUGGCGAGCUCCGACCAUACCACGCUGCUGCUCAACUGCUACACCAAGCUCAAGGAUGUCGCCUCGCUCGAUCGCUUCAUCAAGCGGCCGCAUGCGCGCGCCUCGUCGCGCGCCGAUGCGGACGAUGCGCCCGACCCGCUGGGUGGCGAAGGCGAAGGCGCCGCCGAGGACCGCGACGAGCUUCCCUUCGAUCUCGAAACGGCCAUGCGCGUCUGCCGGCAGGCAGGCUACUUUGGCCAUGCCGCCUACCUGGCCAAGCGGUACGGCGAGCACCGCGAGUACCUGCGCAUCCAGAUCGAGGACGUCAAGGACUAUGGCGACGCGCUGCUGUACGUGCGCGGUCUGCAGGCCGACGACGCCAUCGAGAGCAUGGCGCAGUAUGCCAAGACGCUGCUCGGCGAGCUGCCGGACGAGACGACCGAGCUUCUGAUCGAGCUGUGUUCCGGUGCCUUUCGGCCCGAUCCGGAGGCUGCACACAAGGCAAUGCGCCUGCAGCAGCGCCAGGCCGAGCAAGACAAGACGAACCGCGGCACUGCACCUAAGAGCGCCGCCGCAGCGUACCUGAGCUACCUCCAGGUGGGCGGGUUUGGCAAGCAGGCGCACUCGACCGACGGCGGCUCGCGCACGGGCACGGGCACCCACACGCCCGCCCAGCGCAACUCGGCAGCGCUCGCAGCGCCGUACACGAUCGGCGACGGCUCGAGCGCGGCCACGAGGCCGUCGAGCACGGCAAGGCCCGCCGACGGCGAUGUGUCCCUGGACGACGCAGACGCGAGUCGCGCCGAGGCGGGAGCGGACGCUGCCGAGGGCGACGACAAGAUGCAGGCGUACGCGGUGCCGUCGCCACGCAUCUUCUUUGCGCACUUUAUCCAACAUCCGAGCCAGUUUGUGCGCUUCCUCGAGACGGUGGUGCUGGCGCGCUGGGGCCAGUAUGUCGACAUGGACGCCGCGGACCGUUCUCAAGGCGAGCCUCUCGACGACGAUGCGCCGGCGUACGAACUGCCUUCGAGCCCGGGCGGGGGGGAGGUGGACGAGGUGGAGCAGGCGUUGCGGGAGCUUGGCUUGGACGGCCGCGCCGACGACUACGAAGAUGCCGAGGUGGCCGACCAAAAGUCGAUCUGGAACACGCUGCUUGAGUUGUACCUUACUGCGGGCGAGGCGGGCGGUGGUGGGAGGGAGCGCGCGCUGCGGCUGCUGCAGCAGCACGCGAGGCUGCCGUACGACGUGUCGCACGCGCUCAUGCUGUGUGCGGUGGAGCAGUUCGAUGCGGGCCUCAUCCUGCUGUACGAGCGCAUGGGCAUGUACGAGGACAUUGUGCGGCUGCACAUGGCCUCGUCGAGCGCCACCAGCAGCGCACAGGUGGUGUCUGCACUCGCGCGGUACGGUGGAUCGCAACCGGAGCUGUACGGUCUGGUGUUGCGCUACCUCGUGUCGUCGCCGGAGCUGCUGGAGCGGCACACGCCGGAGCUGCUGGGCGUGCUGCGGGUGGUGCGCGAGCGCGCGCUCAUGUCGACGCUCGAGAUCGUCCAGCUUCUCUCGUCGAGCGCGCACACGCAGGUUGGCGUCGUACGCGCUUUCAUUGCCGAGUCGAUAUCGGCGACGAUUGCAGCGACCGAGGCCGACACUCGGGCGAUCGACGACUACAAGGCGAGCAUCGAGGAGACUCUGGCCGAGAUUGGCGAGUUGACCGACAGUGGCGGCGCGCGCGUGUUCCAGAUGACGCGCUGCACGGCGUGUGCGGGGCAGCUCGAUCUGCCGGCGGUGCACUUUAUGUGCAAGCACAGCUACCACCAGCGAUGUCUGGGCGAGGAGGAGGCCGAAUGCCCUACAUGUGCGUCGCACCAGACGCGCCUGCGAGACGCCCGUCGCCGCCAAGCCGAUGCUGCAGUCGAAGUGAUUGCUACCGCCAAUGCAGGCGACCAACAUGUACUGCACCGAGCAGCAGAUGUGCACGAGGGCGCGGGGUUCGACAAGUUGGCCGCGCUGUUUGCUCAGCCCAUCAUGGGCAAUGCGCUCGCGGCACAGCAGUUGUAA